AUGAGUAGUGUCACCACGACCAUGGCCGAAUCCGACUCUGGAAAACGCAAGGCCUCGGUCGCCAGCCUCUCCGCCCAUAAUCGCCCGGUGAAACGUCGGGCGUCCAAAGCCUGCUGCUGCUGCCGGGCCCGCAAGGUUCGUUGCGAUGUGGUAGAAAAUGGCUCGCCCUGCACGAAUUGCCGCCUCGACCAAGUUGAGUGUAUUGUUACAGAAAGCAAGCGGAGAAAGAAGUCGCGUGUGGAAGCGGAAACCAGUCAGCCCGCCGACUCGCCUGGCGAAGCCUCCGAGGAGAAUCCACUGGGCCUGGGCUCUCUGCACGGCCUGGCCGAUAUGGAGGCUACGUCGCCCUCGCAGAACUCGGUCGAUAUCGACUAUGGGCAACAUAUGCCGCAUCUGCUCUAUCAAUCGCAGGCCCAUCGCAUUGGCUCUGAUGAUCGUUAUCGUCACCGAAUGGCCCCUAGCCCGGCCGUUCCUUCAUCGAUACCUUUGGCCGAUGCCACCCUGCAAAUUCAGCAACUGCUGGACCCGAAUCUUGGUCACUCCCACUCUGCCAAUGUCUUCCUUCCCGACUAUAUCCGUGGACUGCCGGCACGACUCCAGAAGGAGGACAUCGACUAUUUAGCCGCCAAGGGUGCCUUGACAAUCCCCGAUGUGAGCCUCCGCAAUGAAUUGCUCAAGGCCUACAUCCACUACGUUCACACAUAUAUGCCAUUGCUGGACUUGGAGGAAUUCCUGCAGACCAUUGUCCAGAAUGAUGGCAUCCACCGCAUCAGUCUCCUGCUAUUCCAGGCCGUCAUGUUCGCUGGCAUGGCCUUUGUGGACAUGAAACAUCUCCAGGCCGCCGGCUACCAGACCCGGAAAGCGGCCCGCAAGAUUUUCUUCCAUCGGGCCCGUCUGCUGUACGACUUCGACUACGAGGUGGACCGCAUCUCCCUCGUCCAGUCACUCCUGCUGAUGACGUACUGGUACGAGACCCCCGACGACCAGAAGGACACCUGGCACUGGAUGGGUGUCAGUCUCUCUUUGGCCCACACCAUCGGUCUACACCGGGACCCCGGUAACUCGCGGAUGGACCUUCGCCGCCAACGGAUGUGGAAGCGCAUCUGGUGGAGUACGUACACGCGCGACCGAUUGAUUGCGUUGGGCAUGCGACGGCCGAUGCGGGUGAUGGACGACGACUGCGAUGUGCCCAUGCUCGCCCUGGACGACUUCGAAUUCCGGACCUUCUCCCCGGAGAUCGUGAAAAUGAUCGGCGACUCGGAGAUCUUGCAGAAUGUCAGCCACCAGCGGGAGCUGGCGCUGAUGUUCAUCGAGAAGGCCAAGCUGUGCCUCUGCGUCAGCCAUGUCCUUUCGGCCCAGUACUCGGUGCUGAGCCACAAAUUCGGCGGUACCAUGGAAACCACCAUGAUGCUGGUACCCAAGAAAUCGACCGCGGAGACUUUCGAGGUGCGACGCUGUGACCAGGAGCUGGAGGACUGGCUGGCCAACCUCCCCGUGGAAACCCAGUAUUCGCCUUCGGGGGGCUCAAAGCUAUCCGAAGCUAGCGAAGUGCUACACUCUCACCGUGCCCUGCUGAAGAUGGUCUAUCUCACUACGUCCAGCGCCCUGCACCGCCCACAGGUCCUCCCCGCCGUGCCCUAUCCGUCCGUGGACGCUGAGCUGCAAGAUCUGUCCCGCAACAAGGUGCGCUUCGCCGCGGUGGAAAUCACCAACAUUGCCCAGGACCUUCACCUCCUGGACUUGACCCGGUACUACCCUACCACCGGUGUGACCGUGCUUCUCCCUGCCGUCAUCAUCCACCUGCUGGACAUCAAAUCCAGCGACCCAAGCGUGCGCAUGACCAGCCUCCAGCGCUUCUACCAAUGCAUGCGCAUUCUCCAGCGUCUUCGCGAGAUUUAUGCCUCCGCCGACUUCGCCACCUCCUUCCUUGAAGCUGCCAUCCGCAAAGCAGGCAUUCAGCUCACCGUCGCCCCGCAAGACGUGCAGUCGUCGCGGGCCCGCUCCAGCCGCACCACGACCACCCCCAACUCUACCGCCACCACCCCAGACACUUUCGACUUCCUCUCCCGCCCCACCGCGCUCACCCCCCCACCCGACUCCCUCGCCCAAAAGAUCCCCGACCUCACAUACCCCAAGCCUGGCCCCGCGCCUAGCCGCACCCAAGCCGGCGCCAAUCUCUUCGCGACGACGCCCCCGCACUCCGACGGCAGCGAAAACGGGAGUACGAAUAACCUCAACCCCCACGCCUCCCAUGACGCCUUCGCCAUCCCAGACUUGAACUCUCACAUGAGCCUCACUGAGCUGAUGGAUCUGGCCAAUGAUGCUGAAGUGACCCAGAACGACUUCGACGCGCUGAUCAACUUCGACGAUGCCGGGAAUGACUUAUUCGCGGAUGACCAGCCGCAGUCGAGUAUUCCCAGCGUCGGUGUGGGCGCCGAGGAAAAGGCCUACGAAUUUGAUAUGAAAGCCCUGGGCUUUGACACGGAGCCCAAGGCAUUUGAUUUCGCGCUAGCGGAGCCGCAUGUGGGUGAGUGUGGAGGACCCACGGGGUAUUCAGCCGAGGCUCAGCGGCCCGGUCGGACGGCCGAUGUGGACGCCGAUCUCGGGGGGUUGGAUGAAGGAACCUGUGCAUAA